AUAUAGAUGUGGCUUCGCUUAUUUUAGUAGCGCAUUGAAUUUUCGCCGUCCACCGCGAGUCUCCGUGAUGAUAUGACGCGUGCAGCAAAACAAAGCCGUUCGCGAUAAAGUCAAAUGCUGGCAGAAGUGACAGCGAAUCGCGGAUGAUACUAUUCGUGAAAGAUGGGCGAAGUUUGUUAAAUUCUCGCGUGCAAUAGCAAGCGGACGAACAAUCUAGUCGAGCGUUUCUACCACGGUUCUAUACCUGCGUCCAGCUGAAAAGGUAUAACCUGCAAUAAAGGGACGCUCAGCAACGCGGGAGAAUGCCGCGCAUCAAGAGCUUGCCGCAGAAGGCAGCCAAGGUGACGAGCUGUCACCCGUCGGCGAGCACGUGGGUGUUCCUCAUGAAAGAGGACAGUGCGAAGAACAGAAGUGGAGGCCAGUCGGAGAGCGUGAAGCUUAGACAUCCAGCCUCCGAUAAGCCAGCUAUAUUCGUAUUCGGCGCUGGAAAUCUCACGGUGCAAGAGGUUUUGAUCUUUGACGAAAAGAAGAGGUCCUGGUUCAUUGACGACAAUGUCAAAUCCGACGGCAAGCUGCACUUGUCGACACCGAUUGAUCCAAUCUUCUUGGUACUGCCGUACUUGAGAAAGUCGGAACUGGCUCAACCUUUGGAGCAAUGUCUCUGGGAUGAGGACUUCCCGGAGACGUCUCGCCUCGCGCAAUGUGACAAUUUGAAUCUGUCCUUAGUCGCCGAUCGUAAGGGGGAUGAAUCGCUGCAAGCGUUCAAGUUCAAUGAGGACAAAUCGUUGAAUUGGCUGCAAAAGAAGGUAGAGAAGGUGGCGCAUGCAUUAAAAGAGAAAGGAGUUCAUGUAUCUCACGGCGCUAUGAGUGCCACUUAUGUUCAGAGUACUAAAUAUGAAACUGGUACAGAGGCAGAAUACUUAAAAUAUGCACACGGCAUUGUGUCAGAAUACCUUGCCGAAGAUCUCUCAAAGAAGCUGGCACAGCGUUUGAAUAUACCUGAGGAAGUGGAGAAUAAAAAACGCAAACUGACUAGCCCUGAAAUUAAAACGGACGAGAAGAAGCUUAAGAGAGAUUCCAUCGAAGAAAGCCCAGUGCCAAAAGCAAAGAAGCAAACGAAUCUGAGUAAACCCGAAAAGACCCACAAGAGCGCUGCCCCUGGUAAAAAGGAAUUAGCUAAACAAAGAGCAGCGGCAGGAUCUAAAAGUAUCACUAGCUUUUUUCAAAAGAAAUAAAUAUCAAGAAACGAUAGAACGACUUUAAAGAUUAAUAUUAAUGCAUUUAUAGACAUUUAUUAUUAUGUCUCAUACAUUUUUAAAAAAAUUUUAUUGCUACGUGUAAAUCUAUGUUUACCAUAAUGUAACGUCCAAGUUGAGAUUGUAAUAUUUAUUAAUGCAAGUUUUUUUUCUAAUAUUUUAAUAAAUUCAUGCAAUAUCUAUCAUUAACAUUCAAAGAAUGUAGCAUGCAACAAUAAACAUUUAAUAAAAGAAUAUAUCAGCAA